AUGAAUGUCUCUAGGUUAGGAAAGCCAGACGGAAUGGAGUGGUUAAGGCGUUCACAAACAAAACCCUUCAACAAUUUUGAGUUCAGUAAGCAAUUACCCUUCAACGAGUUCAGUAAGCAAACAAAACCAUUCUCAAACCCUUCGCAAACCCUUCAACACCGUUCGCCCUUCAACGUCGUUCGCCCUUCAACGUCGUUCGCCCUUCAACGUCGUUCAAACGUUCGUGUUCGCCGUUCGUCCUUCAACGUUCGUGUUCUCAACGUUCGCCCUCUCUGCCGUUCGCCCUUCAACGUUCGUGUUCGCCCAUCAACGUUCGUGUUCGCCCUUCAACGUUCAUGUUCGUGUUCGCCCUUCAACGCCGUUCGUGUUCGCCGUUCGCCGUUCGUGUUCUCCCUCUCUGCCAUCUCUGUCGUUCGUGUUCGCCCUCUCUGCCACUUCAAAUCAACGCCGUUCGCCCUCUCUGCCGCCGGUUCUGACAGGCUCCCAAAUCAUUCGGUUCUAUUUUCAAAACAUAGGCAUAAAGUGGUCAUAUUCAAUGCCUGUUUAAUGUUAGAAUCGCUUCGUGGGAAGAGGAUGAUGUUUGUCGGCGACUCCAUUAAUCGGGGUCAGUAUGUCUCUUUGAUAUGCCUUCUCCAUCAACUCAUUCCCCAACAUGCCAAAUCCAUGGAAACCUUUCAUUCACUCACUGUCUUCACAGCCAAGGUUUAG